AGUUUCCUGUCAUGGAGCAGAGAGAGGUCACCCAUGAACAUAUGAAGCCUUACCUGCUCAAAGUCCUCAAGGAGAGAGCGGGCUCCAGGGCAGCUGACGUAGACAUCACCCAGAGGGAGAUCACCCUGCACCUGGACACAGACUUUACACCUGGAGGUCGGCCGAUGGCUGGGCCUCGCUCGUUUGGGGAUUCCCACCCCAGUGUCCUCUUCCCCCCUGGCCAGCCAUCCCCUAACAACCUCCAGGCCAUCUGUCUCCAUAGCAGCCGUCGUCCCCGGUACCCUGCCUACUCCUUACCCCAGACAGGCUUUGGCUACAUUCGUCGUCAAGGUGACGCCGUCAACCGGAUAGAGUCUUGGUACAGCGCAUGUUGCUCUAGGAACGGGACGCAGCAGGUCCAGGAAGUGACGCUGUGCUGCGUUACACAGGCAUGGGAACAGACCCUGUCCACAUUCUGUACUGAGGAGUUCUCAGUGAAGACACGCCACCACCACUGCUGCAAGAAACAGGGCGGGGACAGACUGAGCUGUUUCCAUAGGGAAAACCCAAACCCCACCUACCUGCCGACCACCCAGGGGGCAGGCUCCUCCCCCAUACCUGAACCUGGCUUCACCUUUAACCCCAACACUUGUCACAAGUCCCAGCCCGGUCCGCAUACUAUCAGAGGGGAGAAGCACAAGAAGGGCCCCCAAGCUACUCCCAGAGACUCUGACAUCAGCUUCCCCCCUGGACGCCCCACUUUCGACAACAUCGGAUUGGUCUGCCGUCUACACAAGCACCGCCCUCUCUAUACCCCCAAGUGCCUGCCACGUACAGGCUUUGGCUGGCUGGCCCGCCAAUCAAAGGCCGUGAACCGCCUGGAGAGAGGGUUCAAACACUGCUGUAAGGGGCAGGAGGAUGUGCUACCCUGUGCUGAGGGAAAGUGGCGUGAGGUGCUUGACAGGUUCUGUGAGGAAGAGCAGAAGGGGAGACCUCACAACUCCUGUUGUGAUGUGGGAGAAGGUGAGGAGAGGUACACCUGUUUCUCCUCCCGCGCCCCUCAUCCAGACUAUGACCAAAAGUUUGACUCUGCCUCUGCCGUACCACAGACCCACACCCUCAGACACAUCUGUGAAACAAACAAGGUCAUCAAGAAGAACUUCCCUGUGGCUCUCCCUGUCCAGAAUUUAGUGGACCAAUGCUGCUCCCUGCCAGCAGACCAGAGAACUGCAUGUGUUCAGAUACAGCUAGUGACGCUGGCAGAGAGCCGCUGUUCUGCAGAGAAGCCCUCCUCCCCUGCUGUCUUCCAGAAAUGCUGCCCUCCCUCCUCCCAGGACGCCCCUAUGUGCCUCUCUGGCCUGCUCAACAUCACCAAGGCAACCAAGUACCCACGCCUCAGAAAGAGGAAAUGCCCCCUCGCCUGAUUUUUGUUGUUUUUGACUUUUCACUCUGAUGGCAGUGGGCCAAUCUGAAUUGGCUGUCAGGGGAUUUGUGAAGUAGUCACUACAUGACCAUGAUAGAAUUGGCUAAUACAGAAGAACUGUUGAGCAAUUGCAUGAUUUAGUCAAACAGGGGUUAGGGUGUGGGUAAGAGUAAAGCAGAAUUUAUAGUUAGAAAGUUACAUUUAUUCCAUUUUUUCUAGCAUGGCCAGAUGACAACGAAUUCAUGUAUGGUAUCCGAGUGCACAUAAUAUUUCAGUAUGAUUGUCCGUGUCUGUCAUUAAGAGGGUGUUAUAAUGAUAGAACACCUGGAGAGCUGACAUAUCUACUUUACAAAUUAAAUCACCAUUUGUAUGACCACUUAUUUUUAGUUUCAGAUUAGUUAGUUGUAUUUUCUUAUAGUUACAGAAUUGCUAGUCCAGUUCUCCUGUUCUAACAUUUGAAAUAAAACUUUCUAUUUUCAAAAUG